UGUAAGAACUGUGUAUGUCCUUUGUAAUAAGCUCUGGGUUGUAAUUCAUUCAGCUGUUUACUGUGGCUGAAGUCACCUGGCAGGUUGUUGCGUGCUUUCGUCACACCCAGUCAGGUGAGACUCAGGAGGUGUACUGUCUUGUGUUUGAGACGACACACAGAUGAUAUAUUGACAGUAUUCAUGGGGUGGUUUAAUCAAAAGCAGCUUUUAAUUAAAAUGCUUUGCUGCAGGUCAUGCAGGACAAAAAAAAAUACACUUUACACGAUAACUAAACAUUUAUGCACAGUCACAACACCUUGACUUUGAUGUCAUCCAGCAUGAAUCAUCGACAUGUCUUCUCUUUACAGGGAUGCAUUUGGCGGUGCUGCUGUUUGUGUCUGCGCUCUCCGUCGCCACCUUCGCCCUGGACAAUGGAGAGAUGAGGGUCCCUCCCAUGGGCUGGCUGGCAUGGGAGCGUUUCCGCUGUGACAUUGACUGUGAACACGACCCCAAAAACUGCAUCGGUGAGAACCUGUUCAUCGACAUGGCAGACAGACUGUCGGAGGAGGGCUGGAGGGAACUUGGCUACGUGUAUGUGAACAUAGACGACUGCUGGUCCUCCAUGAAGAGAGACGAGAAGGGGCGGCUGCAGGCUGACCCUAAAAGGUUCCCAGGAGGCAUCCAUAAACUGGCACGCUAUAUGCACGACAGGGGUCUCAAGCUGGGCAUCUACGGGGACUUCGGCACACACACCUGUGGGGGGUAUCCCGGCACCACACUGGACAAGAUCGAGAUAGACGCUCAGACCUUCGCCGACUGGGAGGUGGAUAUGUUUAAAUUUGACGGCUGUUAUUCUAAUGCCACGGAGCAAGAGAAGGGUUACCCUCUCAUGUCAAAGGCUUUAAAUGCUACGGGCCGUCCCAUUGGCUACUCCUGCAGUUGGCCUGCCUACCAGGGUGGCCUGCCACCUAAGGUGAACUACACUCAGUUGGGUGAGAUCUGCAACCUGUGGCGUAACUAUGGGGACAUCCAGGACUCUUGGGACAGUGUCCUGAACAUUGUUGACUGGUUCUUUGAGAACCAGGAUGUCCUGGUACCUGCAGCUGGACCUGGAAAGUGGAACGACCCAGAUAUGCUGAUUGCUGGCAACUUUGGCCUCAGCAUUGACCAGUCUCGCUCUCAGAUGGCUCUGUGGGCGAUUAUGGCUGCUCCUCUUUUCAUGUCCAAUGACCUGCGCACCAUCAGCAGCGAGGCCCGCAGCGUCCUGCAGAACAAAAUGGCCAUCAUCAUCAACCAGGACCCCAUGGGCAUCCAGGGAAGGCGCAUUAUAAAGGAGAAGAGUGGCAUUAACGUGUUCUGGCGCCCCCUGUCAAACAAUGCAAGUGCAUUGGUAUUCUUCAGUCGUCGUACCGACAUGCCCUACCGCUACCAGACGACCCUCAGCAAACUCAACUACACCACUGGCAGCUACAAGAUCUACAACGUCUUCACUGGGAAGACCAUGACGCUGAAGGAGUCCACUGGCUUCGUGGUGUCGGUGAACCCCACAGGUGUGGUCAUGUGGCAUGUGUCUGCGCCCGCCAAAUGGAACCUGCGCCAGUUCUAUAAAGGUGGCAGACUCCAGGGAUCUGCAUUUGACGAUGACGAUGAAAACGCCUUUCCUCGCGUCUUCCUCUGAUCGCUCACUGAUUGAACUUUAUCACAUAAUAAUCACACCACUGUUUCUGCCUCAGUGCUCUUGAUGAAGCGUUGACUGACAAGACAUCACACGAUUAUUGUUAGGUGAUCAAUGGACGUAUUUCUCUCCUGAACCCUAAAGUGCCAGUGCAUAGCUCUAAAUUGUGUUAUUUUAAAAGGCACUAUCUUUUCCAAGUAAUGGAGUCACUUAAAUCUCAGGGGGGGGGGGGGCAGCCAUUUUGCUUCUGGAUAUGUUACUAAUCUCAAAUUGUUCUUGUGAUCCAUCUCUUAAAUUCUACACUUGCAAUAUGAAUCAAGAGAAAAUGUCCAAAACAUAGCACACCUCAGUUACAGUGACAAACAUUUUGGACACAUUUUAAGUGUUUCCGUGCUUCACAGGGCACUAGAGCUGAUGAUAAUUUAUAUCUCUGAGAUCGCCAAAGUUGAAAAACUGAUCGUAGAUCAGCACUAAGACUCAGGAGUCUCCGCUGCUCUGCUUUUAAUGAAACAUUGCAGGAAGCAGUCUGUCUUAAGCUGUUCCAAAAAGAACAAAGAAGAACAAUAAAGGCGUCUGCAAUGCUAGUUUUUCUGAAUGUUUAUAGGAAAAUUGCUCAGGAUAAUAAAUAUGAACGUGUGUUUAAGAAACGAAGAUUUUUAUAAGAAAUGAUUCUGUGAAUUAUGAGUUUUUGUCUUAACUGAAAUAUAUGAUUUGGUUCCUCAUUA